AUGGAACGACUUGAAGCGGAACCUAAAUUGAGAAAACGUUCUACCAAUGCCAGCAUCUUAACGUUACCUGGAUCUCGCGAGAACUCAUUUUCUCGUUUAGCAGUCCAGAGAAGCACUUCUGUGGACGUUGUACCUAAGCACCGGGUUACAUAUGAAGACCAAAAAACUGAGGAAAUCGACAAGAUUAAUCAGUAUUACCAAAAAAAUCAUUACACGGUUACCGGAAACCAGGAGACUUUCAACAAACUGCCCAGAAAUGUUUCAGCAAAUCGAUUCAAAGUUGACAAGGCUUCAAUUAGUCAUAAAAGUCAAAAAAGUAUGCAAAAGUCGUUGGAAGCGGAACCAAUGAUUCCUGAGGAAAGGCAUUUCGACAAAUCCUUCUACUGGUUUGCUAUGCAUCGUAAAAAAUUCGGGUUUCGUUAUAUUGCCUUACUGUUUUUGGCACUAGCUUAUACACUUUUUGGAGCUACUGUGUUUUAUUUGAUAGAGGGAAAUCAUGAGCAAUCGAUUCUGAGAGUUCGGGAGCAGAAUUUGGAUAAACUGUUAGAUGAGCUGGAUUUUAUAAAAGAAUCCUACAUUUCCCUUCAAAAACACGAGGAACAGUACAAGUGGAGCACUUACUAUCGUUUGGAAAAUCCAGAUAACCUGAAAUGGACAUUUUCCAGUGCCUUCUUCUUUAGCAUGAAUGUUUAUACAACUACUGGUUCCAUCUCUGCUCAAACCAUGAGUGGCCAGCUGUUCACUAUGAUUUAUGCAUUUUGUUUUGUCCCUGUUACUCUUGUGAUCCUUCGUGAUUUGGGUCAAAUGUUUCUGGUGAAUUUCACAAAGCUCUACGCCCACGCUUUGACUUUUGUAAGAAAUCUUCGAGGAAAAAAGGAAAUCGACGAGGAUGAAAUGAUACAACUUCCUAUAAAGUACUGUAUGGCAAUUUUGAUUGCCUAUUUAAUUAUAUGCACCACUUUUGUGUAUCUCUACGAUGCGAUAAUGGGUCCGGAAUGGGAUACUGGUCUUUCGUAUUUUACUGCAUUUUAUUUUUCAUUUAUUUCACUGACAACCAUUGGUCUAGGAGAUGUAAUGCCUAACAAUGUACCGUACGCACCGCCCGUGUCUAUCAUAUUUUUCAUCGGAAUGGCGGUGACCAAAGUUGUGAAUCGCGCCACAUUCAUAGCAGUAGAGAAUGGAGUUUUUGGCAUCAUGACUCUAGCUGAAACUAAAAUUAAUCAUCUUUUGACAAAAUCUGAGCCGAUAACGGAACUUCCGAAGACUAGGAAAUGUGGAUCUUCUGGAGGACGUCGGGAAAAAGAAAAGGAUUCUGAAUCCACGUCAUCAUCUUCUUCGUCAGGAUCCUCCUUUUCUGGAUCAUCACAAUCUUCAGAAGAUCCGGGUUUCGGAUUAUUUGAAGAUUCGUCUAGUGAAAAUUAUUCAGAAGAUGGAAUGAUCAACCAACGUCGGAACGAGAUGAUGAACACGUUCACAGUUCGUUCGAUUGCUACAUUCAUGAAAUCGAACCAUGAUGUGUAUGGAGGAGGGUUCGGAAAGGUCCAGUUGAGAAGAGGAGAUUUGCUGAAGCACAACAAUAAUGCUCAUACUGUAGUAGGAGGGACUACACAUAGAAUUAGACCUGUAGUUUGA